AUGGGACGACUACUGACAGGCCCCGCUUGGAUGGGCCUAACUGAAUUCGUCGAUUACGUAUCUACAUGUUUCACUAUUCCAAUUAACGUUCUUUUGUUAUACUGUAUCCGAACAAAGUCCGGAAAAUCAUUUGGAAAAUAUAAGAAUUUGAUGACAUUCUUCUCUAUCCAAAGUAUCUUCUUCUCGAUUCAAGCAACUCUCAACCACAUGUGCUUUCAUACUAUCGGAGGAACAUUCAUGAUGUUUACUCUCACUAAUCAUUUCAAUCUACCACCAUGGGGAGUUUGGAUCAAUCUCGGAAUAUGUUGUAUCUCUGUUGGUUAUGUACUUCUGAUCCUCUCUGCUCAAUUCAUUUAUCGCUAUUUCGCCAUGAAUAAGUGA